GAGCUGUGAUAAGGUGGAGGAGGUGCAGGCAUGAACGCAGCGGCCGCCUAACACAACAAGACGAGACAGGAAGUGACGGGCGGCCUUCUGCUGUGAUAACCGUGGCCUUGACGUACUUUAAAUAGCCAGUAAUGGACCUGCUCCUGCACAGGUUUAGCCCAGAAGUCAAGUCCUUUCCUGUCAGGUGAGGGUCAUCCUGCACCUCAUGGCUGGGGCCAAGGCAGGCAAGGCAGACCCAGCGGCGGCCCCAUCGCUGGAAGACGUCACCUGCCCCAUCUGCUUGUCUCUGCUGCUGGAGCCCGUCACCCUCCCCUGCCACCAUUCCCUCUGUCUCCAGUGCUUCCAGGAGCAUGUGUCCAUCACCUCCCUUGCCUGCCCCAUGUGUCGCACCAGGAUCAGUGUGUGGGUAAGGAAGAACACGAAGACCAAGACACUGGUGGACGCCAAGCUCUGGAGGGCCAUCAAGAACCACUUCCCUGCCCAACUCGAGGCUCGGCUUGCUGGCCUGGAGGAUGACUCAGGCAUCUUCUCCAACCUCCCCCAGCAGCGCGUCAGCCAGCCGGGGGAGAUCCGGCAGGAGUACGAGACCCUCAUAGAGCAGGAGACUCAGGAGGCCAGGCAGAGGAAGACCAAGGAGGAGGUUGCUUCCAUAAAGUUAAUUCAGGAACUCCAGGAGGAAGAGAGGAAGCGCCGGGAGGAGGAGGAGCAGCAGCAGGAACACCUGGCGCUGGAGGACUUCCUGUUGGCGAUCGAGCUCAAGAAGAGAGAUGUGGCCCAAAUGGAGACACGGCAGAAGGAGCUGGAUGAGAUUUGUCUACAGGAUGAGGACCUGGCAAGGCAGCUAGAGAGAGCUGAGAGCAGGUCACCGCAGGUUGUGUCCAAGAGUAAGGGAGCUGGAGCAUCCAAAACACCCACAGCCUCUCAGAAGGGGCCCAUGGAUCUGUUCCUAGGUCAGAAGGGUGUGAGCCGUGGACACCGCUCCCAGGCCUCGGCCAGCGUUCUCGGCUCAUCAGACACCAACACCAUCCUGCCCGGGGAACCCUCAUCUUCGCCUCACCUCAGAGAAGCCACCUUGAAGCGUUUCCCCAGCAAUGGAUCUGAGUCAGAGAGUGACGAGGCAUCCUCCCGCCGCCAGGUCGCAGGAGGCAAGGAGAACAUCAUAGGGCAGUGCCACUCAAGUCCAUCACAUUCAGGAGAGAGCUCCAAGGGCAGGCAGGCUUGCUGUGACCCACAGUUCAGCCCAGACAUUGACAGCUUCUGUGUUACUACCAUUCGUAGCCCCACCAGGAACAAAGGGAGCCAGGGAUCCUCUAGAGCACUUACAGAUGGAGACAGUGCAAGCGAGAAUGAGGAAGAAGAGCCAGUGCAGAGGAGUGAAAUAAGCAACAACAACCCACCUGAAGAGGACCUUUCCUUCCUGUUGAAGUGGGAGAGUGACAAGGACUCCUUGGCAGCUCUGUUGGCAGAGCAGAAGCGUGCCGAGGCCCAGCUACAGCAGGAGCUGCAGGACCGCCUCCUGGCUGAAGCAUUGCAGGAGGAACUCAACACAGCAAAGAUGGUGUUACGCACCAAGGGUUCAGAAGACGAGUAUGCCUUGAGACGGAGAAAGAGGCCUUCCAGCCCUCUGCAGCAGCAGGCAGGACCCAGUAGCAGAAACAGCUCCAAGAGGCAGGCCACUCUGUCCGAGGUGCUGGGCAAACGUUCAAGUUCUGUGUGACCAUCUUUAAUCUACCUCCUCCUCUUACUCUAACACAUCUAUCUGACAUGUUCACAGUUUAUGAAGAGCACCACAUUCAUUGCAAACUCGCUUGUCAUUCAGGAAAAUGGCACAGUAUAGUGACUCCUUUGUAACUUGGUUUUGAAAUCUCUAAACAUGUAUUGACUUGAUUAUGGCAGUAUUGAGAUGUAAUGAGAAGGAUAUAUCAUUACAUUGAUUAUAUUAAUUGCAGUAAUGAUUAAGCGUACAACAAAAUACAUCAAUUGAUCUUAAUUUUGUACAGUUCAUGCAUCUUAUGUUUACAAAUGAGUCCCACACCCAGUCAGCAUUUCCCAUACCAUCUACUUUAUUCCUUUAAUACUAAGGGCAUGUGUCAUGCCCUGGGAUUUUCUUUUCCUAUUCCCUCUAUUUUCCAACACGUCCUCUGCGUGUAUCGAAACACAUGAGAAAUUAAUCAAGACCAUGAGAGGGUAUUCGCCGGCUGCCUGGGCUGGGAUUGAACCCGCGACCAGCGUGACGGGAGAGCCACUCCUUACCGAGUCGGCCAAAGAGGUACCCCACUGGCUUAAGUGGGUUAUGGGAGGCUCGUUCAUCAGGCAUAGUCGCCGCACUACACAUGGAGACACCACAAGACUGCUCACCAGGUGUCUUACACACUUCUUUGUUGUAUGGGGAAAUGACUGAUUCAUCUCGAAGCAGAGAUGUGUUGUCAGGUAAAGUGUUACUGAAGACUGUGAAGGCUUUAGAGGAAGGAUGUCAUUGGUGCUUGUGCUUCAUGCUGUUCAUGCGAUUUCAUCACUCUUGAUCCAGUCAUGGGAGAGUUUCCUUGUUUACUCUUAACAGUGCAGCCGGGUACUGCAGAAGUAAAAGAGUUCCUGUAUUUUCUAUCAUAUUUGCUUGACUAUUUGGAAAUAAAAGGUACAUGAUUGUUACACUUAGCACAUAUUUGACUCGACUGAUGAUGUUUAGUUGGCUAGGCGCAGCACCACUCCUAACCAACAACUCUCAUAGUAAUUAUAUAACGCUUGGUGUUUAUCAUGUAUUUAUUUUUUCUUCAUUUAUAAUGUGUAUUUUUUUCAUUAUCCCACUGUGAGUAUGAUUGUAUUCUUUAUUAAUAAUCUAAAACAUAGAUAUUUUUGUACAAAUUAAAGUAAGAAAAUAAGUUAUAAAAAAGUAAGUUAUGUAUUUUUUUUGUGUGUAAGAAAUGUAAAAAAUGUAAAUGGUUGCUUUUUAAAACUGAAGUAAGAGUUUUCUUUCUUUUAUCAUGAUGGAAAGUCUUGAAUGUUUGGUAAAAAGUGGCACCUGGCUACAAGGAUGUUCACCCACCAUAGUUAUGUUUUCACAUUAUUUUGUUAUUGAUCUGAAAAAGAAACAAGAGUUUAUAUGCACAAG